AUGAGUAAUAUAACAAACGAGAAUGAAAAACAGGUUGAUGCUGAUGCAAUAAAAUCUACUGGAUCAAGUAUUGGUACUGUCGUUGAAACAUGUCCUGGUCGUUUUGAACUACGUACUGAUAAUCCAUGGGAGGAAAUUUGUGGUCAUACACGUGCUGUACGACGUGGACCUUUUGUUAUUAUAGCUGGUACGACAGCUAGUGAUCCUACAAAAGGAGUUCUUCAUCCCGAAAGCAGUUAUCAUCAAGCAGUAAUCAUCUUUGAACGUAUUACUAAUGCACUGGUAACCAUAGGUGCUAAAGUGACCGAUAUUGUUCGUGUACGAAUGUUUAUUAUUGAUAUAGCUGAUCAAGAUGAAGUCUGUCGAGCAUUUAAAGAAGCUUUUCAUUCUUAUGGUAUUCGAGUACCUGCAACACUUGUUCAAGUGAAUGCUUUCGUUCAUCCCGAUAUGCGUGUUGAGAUUGAAGCUGAUGCUAUUAUUUUAUAA